AUGGGAGUGGCCUGGAUGGUGGCGGCGGCCGUCGCGGCGGUGCUGGCGUCGUGGGCGUUCAACGCGCUGGUGCACCUCGUCUGGCGCCCCUACGCCAUCACCCGGAGGUUCCGCGCGCAGGGCGUGCGCGGCCCGGAGUACAGGUUCUUCACCGGGAGCCUCGGCGAGAUCAAGCGGCUCCGCGGCGAGGGCGCCGCCGUCACGCUGGACGUCGACGACCAUGACUUCAUUCCCAUGGUGCAGCCGCACCUCCGCAAGUGGAUCGCGCUCUACGGGCGGACCUUCGUGUACUGGACCGGCGCGAGGCCGAACGUGUGCGUGGCGGACGUCAACGUGGUCAGGCAGGUGCUCUUCGACCGCAACGGCCUCUACCCCAAGAACCUCAUGAACCCGCACAUCUCCCGCCUGCUCGGCAAGGGCCUCGUCCUCACCGACGGCGACGACUGGAAGCGCCACCGCAAGGUCGUGCACCCGGCCUUCAACAUGGACAAGCUCAAGAUGAUGACGGUCACCAUGUCCGACUGUGCUCGCUCCAUGAUGUCCGAGUGGGAGUCACAGCUCGCGAAGGGCGGUGAAGUGGAGAUCGAGCUGAGCAGCCGGUUUGAGGAGCUCACCGCCGACGUGAUCUCGCACACGGCGUUCGGGAGCAGCUACGACGAGGGGAAACGGGUCUUCCUGGCGCAGAGGGAGCUCCAGUACCUGGCCUUCUCCACUUUUUUCAACGUCCAGAUCCCAGCCCUCAAGUACCUCCCAACCGAGAAGAACCUCCGGACAUGGAAGCUGGACAAGCAGGGGCUCAUGCUGGAGGCGUGCGCGCCGGAGCACGGCGAGACGCCGAUGCUGAGCAUGGACGAGAUCAUCGACGAGUGCAAGACCUUCUUCUUCGCCGGGCACGACACCACGUCGCACCUGCUCACAUGGGCCUCGUUCCUUCUAAGCACGCACCCGGAGUGGCAGGACAGGCUCCGGGAGGAGGAGGUGCGGCGGGAGUGCGGCGACGAGGUCCCCACCGGCGACGCGCUCAACAAGUUGAAGCUAGUCAACAUGUUCCUCCUGGAGACUCUGCGGCUGUACGGCCCGGUGUCCCUGAUCCAGAGGAAGGCAGGAUCAGAUCUCGACCUCGGCGGCGUCAGGGUACCCGAGGGCGCGAUCCUGACCAUUCCAAUCGCGACGAUCCACCGUGACAAGGAGGUCUGGGGCGACGACGCCGGCGAGUUCAAGCCGGAGAGGUUCGAGAACGGGGUGACAAGGGCGGCCAAGUACCCCAAUGCGCUGCUGUCCUUCUCCAGCGGGCCAAGGUCGUGCAUCGGUCAGAACUUCGCAAUGAUCGAGGCAAAGGCCGUGGUCGCCAUGAUCUUGCAGAGGUUUGCCCUCGAGCUGUCCCCAAAUACGUCCACGCGCCCAUGGACGUGA